AUGCAUCCUAUUCUGCUUCUGCUGCCUUUGUUUGGCUUCCUCCACCUGAUACCUGGUGUAGGGGCAAGCACUUCUCUCUGUGGUCCAUGCAACAAGGAUGCCUGUAGGUCUGUUACCUGUGCAGCACCUGAGCUGCUCACCAAAGAUGACUGUGACUGCUGUGACCUCUGCCUCAGUAUAGAAGGAGAGAAAUGUGGUGGACGAGAUGAGACGAGAGCCCGCUGUGCUCCUGGGAUGGUCUGUGUAAGCCACUCUAGUUUGGGAAGAGGGUCAUCCUCUAAUUCUGAAGGAACAGGAUUCUGCCUAUGUGAAGAAGAUGGCGCUGUGUGUGGCUCUGAUGGACAAACCCAUUCCAGUGUGUGCACCCUCCAUCUGCAGAACUGGAAGACACAAAGCCAAGGCAAAGGUACCAUCCACAAGAUCCACGAUGGAGAGUGUACAUUUGGUAAGUGUUUGAUUUGCACAACUAGCUAAUAUAAAAGUUUCC